AGUUGGGGCGGGGGGCGCUGCGGCCUCGGGGGACACUCGGGCGGCCAGGGCUGCCCCGGGGCGCGGGAAUGUGUGGUGAGGGGCAACUGGGGCGCAGCGGGGUCUCAGGCCUGGAACUACGCGGGUCCCCCGGACACAGCGCCUCUGCUGGGCCUGGCUCCAGGCCGGAGAGUCCUCCCGCCGCGCCCCGGCGCGCUCGGCCCCUCGGUGCCUACUGAGCCUUGGGCCUCAGACCAUGCCGGUGUCUGACCAAGCGUUUGUCACGCUGGCCACCAAUGACAUGUACUGCCAGGGGGCCCUGGUGCUGGGGCAGUCCCUGCGGAACCACAGGACGACCCGGAAGCUGGUGGUGCUGAUCACGCCUCAGGUAUCCAGGCUGCUCAGGGUCAUCCUCUCCAGGCUGUUUGAUGAGGUCAUUGAGGUGGACCUCACAGACAGUGCAGACUACAUCCACCUGGCCUUCCUGAAGAGACCUGAGCUCGGAGUCACCCUCACCAAGCUUCACUGCUGGACGCUCACCCAUUACAGCAAGUGUGUCUUCCUGGACGCAGACACCCUGGUGCUGUCCAACGUGGACGAGCUGUUCGCCAGGACGGAGCUCUCUGCGGCCCCCGACCCCGGCUGGCCGGACUGCUUCAACAGCGGGGUGUUUGUCUUCCGACCUUCUCUGGAGACGCACGGCCUGUUGCUGCAGCACGCCGCCGACCACGGCAGCUUCGACGGGGCAGACCAAGGCUUGUUGAACAGCUUCUUCAGUAGCUGGUCCACGGCUGAUAUCCACAAGCACCUGCCGUUCAUCUAUAACUUGAGUAGCAACACGGCGUACACCUACAGCCCUGCGUUCAAACAGUUUGGCUCUAGCGCGAAGGUGGUCCACUUCUUGGGGUCCGCGAAGCCUUGGAACUACAAGUACAACCCGCAGACCGGCUCGGUUCUAGACCAGGGCUCCGGGUCGGUCAGCCAGCACCAGACAUCCUUCCUGAACCUCUGGUGGAGGGUCUACCACCGCAGCAUCCUGCCGCUUUACGAGAGAAUCGGGCACGAGGAAGUCCACGCGUCUCCGGGACACACAACUUGCCUCACGGGCGGUGGGGUCCCGUGUGCAAAUUCGGCACCCACUGCUGACGGGAUGUGUGCAGAUUCCACUCCUGGCGCCCGGGAGCCAUGUGCAAAUUCGCCGGAGGGGUCCAGGCAGCCUUGGCCUGCUGAAGACCCUUUGGAGAGGACCAUGGUGGUGGAGGAGAGCUGUGCUUCACCUGGAGCACGCCAUUCAGAAGAUAUGAUAGGUUGGCCUGAAACUGAGACUUCCGCUGGAGUGAUGUGUGACCCCUUGUCACCAGCCUCCCCUCAGUUCGCAGACCUCACAGAGACCCAGACCAGCUCGCCGCCCGCGGAUAAAGCAGAAGGUGGCCCACGUGAGGAACCCUUGGAAGCAAGCCCAGAACGCCCUGUGGAUGCCACCAGGGACCCCAGUCCUCCGGACGCUUUGGAGGUGGACCUGGCCAUCUCUGUGUCUGAGAUUUCCAUCGAAGAAAAAGUCAAGGUGCUUAGUCCCGAGGAGCAGCGGAGGAAGUGGGAGGAGGGACGCAUCGAUUACAUGGGGAAGGACGCCUUUGCCCGCAUUCAGGAGAAGCUGGAUCGCUUUUUGCAGUGAGGUGGUAUGUGGUCACACCAUGUUCUGUUGUGUGGUCCUGUUCCAUAAACACCUCGAGCCCUUCCAAAGGGAAAGGCUCUCCAACAGUGUGCCUCUAUUGACGAUUGACCAAGUUGAGUGCCUCACCUAUAUAACAUGGUCCAUCAGAAACCCAGCUUGAAGUCCCAUGGGAUCCCAGCCACCUGUGUCUCCUGGCUUCCCUGGGAAGUCUCUUCUCUUUACAUCUUGUCCGCAGAAGGGAGCAGAAAUAAACUUCUGGUCGACUCCAGGUAAGAGUCUCUGGUCUUGCUCGAAGGAGCUCAGGGAUGCUUCCUGCGACAGAGUCUACAAUAUGUAUCCUAUGGAGGGUUAGAUGUCUCUGCAGAACGUAUGUCCCAAAGCUCAUAACACUCGUCUGUGCAUUUAGCCCCCUGGGAACCGUCCAGAAUGAAAUGUUCUUUCCUUUAAGACUAAGUAGAUGUUCAGACAUCUUGAGCGUGACUCUGGUUUAGACUUUGCAACUCAUGGCGGAGAAACACCAUGGCUGUGGUUUCUCUUCCACAUAACCCAGCAGUGAUGGACUCCCCCUUUUGGACCUGCCAGAGGUGUUUGGAAGGAAGAUUCUAACUGACCUGGGAGAGGUAACCUCUUCAGAACUGGUUUACCUACUGGUUUAGAAGAACCAAGGGUUGACAGUGAGUGAUGUCUGGUGACCACGUGCUUGCGGUCACAGGAUCUGGAGAGGCUCCUUGUCUAGAGGCAGCUGCAUUCGAGGUCCAGGACUCGGGACUGCCCUUUACUGGGUCUCGCUACCUCACUUCAAGAUAACAGAUGGAGUGACUGCGUUCCCCCAAGCCAUUUCAACUCAGUUAUUUUGGGACAGUUCUCAAUUUGUGACUCUGGAUGCUUUAUUCCAGGAGAAAGCGUCAGCUUCAGACGUAUCCCAGGUCUGUGAGUUAACGCGGUAUGGUGGAACCUCUCACGGGGUCUCCCCGUGCAUGGCCGCCACAAGGAUGAUUAAAGCCAGAUGUCCGUUGCUGUACUGAAGACAAGAAAUGCGGCUUGGAAACGUUUGGACGGUUUAUUGAUCGUACAUGUCCUGUUGAAACUCAUGAGUGGACACAGGUUUGGAAGAAGGGGAGAGGGCUGUGUUUAAGCUUCAUUCGACGUGUCUGCUCCCACUGUUCACCCCCGAGCGGUUUAGCCCUCUGGGUCAGGGGAUCUGGGUGAGCUUACGACGUCACUUGUGGCCUUAGCUUGUGCGAAGUGUGAGCGACCGGGGAGGCUUUGUCUCUGGGUGUGUGGGUGGUUAACGAUCUACAGUCAUGCUUGGUUUCGCACACAGGAUGCUUCAGGGUCUAACUGGAAAUAGCCAUAGGGACAUAGCCAUUGGCAGGUUGCUGAGAUGGUCACCAGCCAUCAGGGUAAUCCCGUACACUUGUUCUGGGGAAACAACAUUGGUGCUGUGUGCCGUGGGGUUGACUGUGAGCAACAAGCUGAGACUGACAUCCACAACUGCUGGUGAGCAGCUGAGCCUGCUCCGGCUCCUCUGGAGAAGAGGGUUCAUACGCAUGGGUGGUGGCUCAUUGGCCGAAGGUGUACACUCAACACGGACUUCUGUCUUGCAUCUACGGUUCAUCCCCAGAUUGGGACGAGGGCUCGCACGUUGCAAGUAAAUUUUAGAACAGCAGUGGGGUCUCCUUCUGGUGUGUGUUUGCGUGUGGUGUUCUGAGCCAUCAGAAUAAUAUUUAUGUAAAUGUGGCUGCCUUUGUCCUGCAGUAUAUUUAAAUGGCCCACUGGGUUUUUCAGAAUUGAUAGUAGCAGUAAAGUGAGGAGAACUAUUUACUUCUUACCCUUGGAAAUCUCAUAAGGACUUUCUAGGGAAGCUGCCCAUUUUCCUAGCAUUGGCUUCUCAGCCCCCAUCCAUCCAUCCAUCCACCCACCUAUCCAUCCACUCAUCCGUCCAUCCAUCCAUCCAUCCACCUAUUCAUCCACCCAUCCAUCCACUCAUUCAUCCACCCAUCCAUCUGUCCACCCAUCCACCCACCCACCUAUCCACCCACUCAUCCAUCAUCCCUCCAUCCAUUCACCCAUCCAUCCAUUCACCCGUCCAUCCACUCAUCCAUCCAUCCAACCAUUCAUCCGUCCAUCCAUCCACCUAUUCAUCCACCCAUCCAUCCACUCACCCAUCCACUCAUUCAUCCACCCAUCCAUCUGUCCACCCAUCCACCCACCCACCUAUCCACCCACUCAUCCAUCAUCCCUCCAUCCAUUCACCCAUCCAUCCACUCAUCCAUCCAUCCAACCAUCCAUUCACCCAUCCAUCCACUCAUCCAUCCAUCCAUCCAUCCAUUCACCCAUCCAUCCACUCAUCCAUCCAUCCAACCAUCCAUUCACCCAUCCAUCCACUCAUCCAUCCAUCCAACCAUCCAUUCACCCAUCCAUCCACUCAUCCAUCCAUCCAACCAUUCAUCCGUCCAUCCAUCCAUCCAUCCACCUAUUCAUCCACCCAUACUUCCAUCCAUCCAUCUAUCCAUCCACCCAUCCAUCCACUCACCCAUCCACUCAUUCAUCCACCCAUCCAUCUGUCCACCCCUCCACCCACCCACCUAUCCACCCACUCAUCCAUCAUCCCUCCAUCCAUUCACCCAUCCAUCCAUUCACCCGUCCAUCCACCCAUCCACCCAUCCUUCCAUCCAUCUCCCCAUCCACAUGGUUGUUGAGUUCUCUCUAAAUGGCAGUCAGUGUGACAUGUCCUCAGUCAAUACAUGGAAACAUAGGAGAACCUUCAAGAACAUUUUAAGGACUUCUAAAUAGCACCCCUCAAAAAGGUACAAUCCUGUGUUAUUUCCUGCAGAAUCCCAGUCCCAGAGCCCAUGCUGUGUAAUGAGUACAGAAUUAUCUAAGUCGAAUCCCUGAGAGAGAUGAUUCGACCUAUACUAUCACUAAUGUUUUGGUACACAGAAAGCAUUUUUUUUAAUUUAAUUGUUCUAGAAAUAGUACCAGUUAUUCUUGGCCAGGAUGAGAUGGCAUGGGGAGAAAACACGUUUCCGUAUGUGCUGACGCGGUCAGGUGGAUUAAGAUGUGUAGAUUUAGAUGAGCGCAAUACGACAUUUUUGUUCCUCCAAGUGGCUUGGUCUGAACCCGCUGACACCGCCGCCGUCUGGGGCUGGAACGCGCAUGGGUUGUCCCAGUGCUAACGAGUUUUGGUUUGGAAUUGCCAACUCGUUGGAGGAAAAUGGAGUUUCCUGUAGCUAUGACACCUGACUUGGGAAAGGUAGAUGAGUUCUCCUUUCUGAGUUCCUAGCUCUCUACUCUCUAGCACACAGUGCAAUUUGUUCUUAGUGCCUUAUGCUUGGAAACUGGAUGUUUCAUACACCAAGUCUUCCCAUCAUUCUGAGAAACAAAACUGGAAUAUUUUCUUGGCACAGACCACAUCUGUUGAAAGACUUUGCUGCAGCGCCAAAUUAGACCUAGGACGUGAAAUAUAUUUUGCAGAUAAAACACAUCCUCUUUUUCUUUCUUUAAAUUGAAGUACAGUCAGUUACAGUGUGUCAAUUUUUGGUGCACAGUGUCCCAGUCAUGCAUAUACAUACAUAUAUUUGUUUUCAUCUUCUUUUUCAUUAAAAGUUAUUAUAACAUACUGAAUAUAGUUCCCUGUGCUGUGCAGAAGAACUUUGUUUUUAAUCUAUUUUUAUAUAGAGUGGCUAACAUCUGCAAAUCUCUACUCCCAAAUUUAUCCCUUCCCACCCCUUUCCACCAGUAAACAUGGUUGUUCACUACG